AUGAAGGAAAAAAAUGAAAAACGUUUAGAUUCAACUGAGAAAAGGCAAAACCAUAGCUCAACCGAACGUAAAAGUGGUGAAGAGCAUUAUUCAGAAGAAGGAUAUAUAAAAAGAAAAAAAUUACAAGAAAGAAAAAAAAAAAUGAAAUUUGAAAAAGAAAGAGAAAAAGAAAGAGAAAGAGAAAAAGAAAGAGAAAAAGAAAGAGAAAGAGAAAAAGAAAAAGAAAGAGAAAAAGAAAAAGAAAAAGAAAGAGAAAGAGAAAGAGAAAAAGAAAAAGAAAAAGAAAAAGAAAAAAAAAGAAAAUACGAAGAGAUGAAAAGAAGAAAGUUAGAAGAAAGUUAUAAUAGUGAUAGAAAAAAAAAAAAAAAAAAAAAAAAGUACAGUGAAGAUAGUAGUACGAAUACUUAUUCAAGUAAAAGUAGUGAUGACUCUAGUAAGAAUUAUGAGAAAAUAAGACGUGACAAAAAAUAUAAGUAUAAAAAUAAAAGUAUGGGAAGUGAAAGUUGUUCUGAUAGUAUGACGAUGAAUAUAAAAAAAAAUAGAAGCAAAGAAAGAUUAAAAAAAAAACGGGAUAGAAGUAUCGAAUAUAAAAUAAAAGGGAAAUAUAGAAAUGUGGAGAUACGAAUGAAAAGUAAAAAUAGAGACAAAAGCCUAGAAAGAAAAAUAAAAGAUAGAUAUAGAGAUAAAAGAAUUAGAAAAAGUAGCAGUCGUAAUAAUAGCAAUAGUAGUAGCUAUAGUGGAGAUAGUACUAGUAGUAGUAGCAGAAGCAGAAGUAGAAGCAGAGUCAGGAGUAGUAGUAGAAGCAUAAAUAAAAGAAGAAGAGUAAGUAGCAUAGAAAGAAAAAUGAAAGAUAGGUAUAGAAGCAGUGACAGAUACAGAAGUAUCGAUGAUAGAAGUUCAGAAAGAUAUAGUAGAUCGAAAAAAAGAAAAAGAGAUAGAAAUAAAAAUUAUAAAUUUGAUUCUCCACCAGAAUCUUAUAAUGAGGAAAUGGAAAUGAAAUCACCAAAAAAUACUAUUACUGACAAUAAAAAUAUUGGAAUUAUUAGUAAUAAUGAUACUAUAAAUAGUAAUAAUAUAAUAAGUAAUGAAACAGCAAUAAUUAACAAUACAAGUUCGAAUAAUAAUAUUGAAAAUUUAAUUCAAACAUUAAACAAUAAUAUGAUUAAUAGUAAUACUAAUAAUAAUAAUGAUACCAACAACAUUUACAACAGUAUUAGUGGAACCUCUAUAUCAAAUGACAGCAAAUUAAUUAAUAAUAUGCUUAUUGAUAAUAGAAACAAAAUAGAUGAAAAAAAUUUAUUACUAAAUCAAUCCCAUUUAAAUAUUCUUUUAAAUAAUCAACUAAAAUUAAAUAGUCAGUCGUUGCAUCAUUUAUAUAAUAAUGCAUUAAGUAUAAAUGAAUUAUGUUUAUCUAUUGAUUCUAAUAUAGAGAAGACCGCUAGAGAGCUAUAUGUUGGGAAUAUACCUCAACACAUUGAUGUUCAGCAAAUCGUAAAAUUUUUGAAUACUUGCCUAUUGAUUUUAUAUAAUAAAGAAAAUGAAAAUGAAAGCAUUUGUUUAAAAGCAUGCAUAAGAGGUGAUACUCAUUAUGCUUUCGUUGAAUUUAGAAGUAUUCAAGAUACAUCUAAUUGUAUGUUAUUAAAUGGAAUUAACUUUUUCGGUAAUAAUCUAAGAAUAGGUAGACCCAAAACAUUUCCUGUCGAAUUAAAUAGUCUAAUACCAUCAGCAACUAUUCCUGCAAUAGAUAACUAUUAUUUAUCACAAGGAUUAUUAGGAUUGAGGGCUUUUUCUAUUUUCUGCCAAAAUGAAGAAAAAAUUAGAAAUGAUUAUUUGCCUAUUAAUAUGAUUAAAUUACAAAAAUUAUGUGUUUCUAAUAUAUCUAAAAAUAAUGAAACAAGUAAAAUUAAAGAACUUUUAGAAGCAUUUGGUGAAGUUAAAAAUUUUGAAUUUUUUGAAGGUGAAGAAUGCUCAGAUACAUAUAUAUGUUUAGUAGAAUAUAAUAAUGUUGAAAAUGCUAUACAAGCUCAUAAAAUAUUAAAUCAAAAUACUAGUUACAAAAUUCAAUUUGAAUAUGAAAUUUUAAAUGAUCCAGUUAUUAAUAAAUUAGUGAAAAAGAAAUAUAUGAAAUCAGAAAAUUCGAUUUUAACUGUUCAAGUUCCCACAAAAGUUAUUGUUCUUAAUAAGAUAGCUACUUUUGAAGAACUUUCAGAUAAUAAUGAAUAUAAAGAUAUAAUAGAAGAUAUAAAGAUUGAAUGCGAAAAAUUUGGAAAAAUCAUUGAAAUAGUCUUACCAAUUUUCAGUCAAGCUACUUAUGAAUAUUUAAAAAAUUUUCAAAAAAUUGAAAAUAAUAAUGCAUGUGAGGAUUCGGAUGGAGAAAAAGAAAAAAAUUUACUUGAUAAUAUAAAAGAAAAACAAAAUGGGGAAGAAAUACAUUUUAACGAUAAUAAUAUCAAAAGAAAAAUUGAAACAAAUAAAGAUGAUAACACAUCACAUGAAAAAGGGAAUAGUAGUAUUAAUAACGAUGGUAUCAUAUAUGAUAAUACAAGUAAAAAUGAUACAGUUGAUAAUAUAAGUAAUGAAAAAGAAAAAGAUCUGACUAAUGUAAAAAUGGAAAAUGAAAAUUGCAAUUUUCCAAAUGAAGAGAAAAAUAAUAUAAAUAACAAUAAUGAAAUAAAUGACGAAACAAAUAUAAAUGUAAAAAAUAGUGAAGAAAAUAAUAAACAAAAUGAAAGCAAAAAUAAUCAAAAUGAAGAUUUAACACACCCAAAUUAUGAUCUAACUUCAAUUGGAUGUGCUUUUAUAUAUUUUGAAAAUAUUGAAUCAGCAACAAAAGCAAGGAAGGAGUUAAGUGGCAGGAAAUUUGGAGCUAAUAUUAUAGAAGCUAAUUAUUUUAGUGAAAAAAAAUUUUUAAUGAAAAAUUUCAAAAAUGUUAAAUAUAAUUAUAAAAAAUCUCAUUCUUCUCUUUUUAAUUUAAACUUAAAAUUAGGAAAUUAUACUUAUUCUGAUUACUCUGAAGAUGAUUAG